AUGGGUAAGGUUCACGGUUCGCUCGCUCGUGCGGGUAAAGUCAAGUCUCAGACUCCAAAGGUCGAGCCUCAAGAGAAGAAGAAGACUCCCAAGGGCCGUGCUAAGAAGCGCCAUCAAUACACCAGACGUUUCGUCAACGUCACGAUGACCGGUGGCAAGCGCAAGAUGAACCCCAACCCAACAUCGUAA